GUCUCUCCAGACCCCGAUCCAAAUGCAGAAGCUUAUAUGGACUUCAUGAAGAAACACUGUUGUUAUGAUGCAAUUCCCACCAGCUGCAAACUAGUCAUUUUUGACACCACACUGCAGGUAAAGAAGGCCUUCUUUGCUUUGGUUGCAAAUGGCCUGAGAGCGGCCCCUUUAUGGGACAACAAACUGCAGAGAUUUGUGGGUAUGCUGACAAUCACAGAUUUCAUCAAUAUUCUUCAUCGGUAUUACAGGUCACCCAUGGUUCAGAUCUAUGAAUUGGAGGAACACAAGAUUGAGACAUGGAGAGACGUCUAUCUGCAAUAUCAUGAUCAAUGUCUCAUCAGUAUCACACCGGAUGCGAGCCUCUUUGACGCCGUCUACUCUUUACUGAAACACAAAAUCCACAGGCUGCCAGUCAUUGACCCAGAGUCUGGAAAUGUCCUUCACAUACUGACCCAUAAGAGAAUCCUCAAGUUCCUUCAUAUAUUUGGAGCCUCAGUGCCCAAGCCAUGCUUCUUGAAGAUGCAAGUUAAAGAUGCAGGAAUAGGAACUUUCACAGACGUGGCGACUGUCUCACAGACGGCCACUGUGUACGAUGCACUUUCUGUGUUUGUUGAGCGACGUGUUUCCGCUCUCCCAGUGGUGGAUGACGAUGGCAAGGUGGUCGCCCUGUAUUCCAGAUUUGACGUGAUUAAUCUUGCAGCGCAGAAAACCUACAAUAACCUGAGCAUGAGCAUGCUGGAGGCGGUGCGGAGGAGACGCUGUUAUGUGGAAGGAGUCAUUAAAUGUUACCCUGACGAGACUUUGGAAACUGUUAUUGACAGAAUCGUCAAGGCUGAGGUGAGGAAGUGUGUUCUAAACUGA